AUGACUGCCACCAAGACCGCACAACAGCAGCACCACCAUCGAUCAACCCUCUCCCAGACUAACAAGCCAUUCAAAGCAAGACACGCAACCAAGGGAUCCCUGAAGCAGGUCGCUAAAGGUUGGAUCUCAACACUGGGGUUCAACGAACAAGGUUUCAACAUACUGAUGAUCGUGCUUCUCUCUGCUCCAGGUAGACUCGAAAAGGAUUCAAGCACCAACAAAUCAAAACAUGCCAGCCAAACUGGCCAGAAGGCUAACCGGAAAAACCAAGCAAAGCAACUACAGGCACACAAAGCCGCCCUCCAAGCAGGCUGUCAAAAGGUCUUCUCGGGUCCCAACCCAGCUCCCAGAGUCAUCGCAAUCCUAGCACUAUCCGAAGAUGUAGACCCACUAGUCGAUGUCUUGAACCCAAUCCGAUCAGCCUCAAAUCUCACCCAUCCAAUCGAUCCCAGCUCCAGGACGAUCUCCUUCACCUGGCCUACUUCAUCUCGCUCAUCCCCCAGUCUACUCCAGUUCCUCCUCAUCCCACACCGUACACCGCUCGGACAGGUGCUAUCUACCGUAUCUGCAUCCGACUUCUUGAUCACUUCUCUGUCGGCCGUAGAAGAAGUCACUGCCUGGGGUGAAUCGACCCUCAGGGCUAUCCAAGCGCUUGGUGGCCCAACUCUGGGCGUCCUUGGACUUGUCUCUCACCUCGAAUCAUUAAACGGAACUAGAGAAACUCAAAAAACUCGCGAGAGUCUCACCAGCUUUUUACGUUAUUUCUUCCCCGAAUCUCUCUUACUCAAUCGGCUCGUCUCAGUCGAUAGGCCUGAAGAAAUCUUAGUAGCAGUCCGGAGCAUCCUCGCCAAACUACCCAAUCGAGCGUCAAAUGGCCUUCCACUCGGCUGGAGAGAGGGUCGAGCUCGGCUGGUUGCUGAAAAGAUUGAUUGGGAAGAGGGAACCCUGAAAGUAACCGGGCAUGUCAGAGGCGGAAGGUUCAGUGCGAACAGACUAGUGCAUUUGCCCUUCUUCGGUGACUUUCGAGUCAGUAUGAUGACCAUGGCUGAGGAUGGAAAAGUGAUAUCAGUUCGUACAAAUGAGGAAGCAGAUGACCUUGUCUCGGAGAACUGUCCUUCAGUGGGUGACGAACUGAUGGCCGAACAAACCUGGCCAACCGAAGAAGAAAUAGCUAGCGCACCUGCCCACCAACAGAAGACCGCCGGAAACAAGAAAGCGAGACGUGUUCCCGUCGGUACCAGUGAAUACCAGGCUGCAUGGAUCGUUGACGAGGACGGCGAAGGUCUCGAAGAUGAUGAUGACGAAGAAGAAGAAGAAGAAGAUGGAGAUAUCGAAGGAGAUAUCGAGUUCGACAAAUCCCCAGAUCAACUUGAGCAAGAUGAUGAUGAUGAAGAUGAGAUGGAGGAUUUGAAAGUCGACAACCAAGCCGGAUCGUCCAAGGAUGUACACUUUAUGGACCUAUCAGACGAAGCUGAGCAGGCCGACCUAGCUCAGUAUCGCGCCGACCGACAACGCGAACGAGAUCGCGCCGCAAAAGAAGACGAAGAGUUUCCAGAUGAAAUAGAUACUCCGCUAGAUAUCCCAGCCCGAGAAAGGUUCGCAAGAUAUAGAGGGAUGAAGAGUCUUCGAACGAGUGAAUGGGACCCUUACGAAAAUUUACCGAUCGAUUAUUCAAAGAUUUUUGCUUUCCAAGGAUGGAAAUCUAUGGGUCGAAAGUUGGCUCACAAAGCAAAUGAACAGGAAGCAGGAGCUGGACCUGGCAUGUACAUUACCCUUCACAUCGAGCAAUUCCCACAGUCGGGGUUCGAAGCUUUGGUUUCGUCUCCUCAACAAACCUUAGUCGCCUUUUCACUCCUCAAACAUGAACAUAAAUACUCUGUGAUGCACUUCACAACGCAAAGGAAUACGGACCGUCGAUCCGAGCGAGCAACAACGUACACAAGUUUGAGCGCUAUCUGCGACCCGGGUAAGAUGAACAUCGGGAGUGUUUAUAUGCCUGUCACUUUCGGCUCGACGACACCCGUGCUCGUGUUCAAACAAGAGGAAGAUCUCGAUCUGCCUAUCAGCUUCGUCGGUAAUGGGACUCUGAUCGGUAGUGAACCGCAGAGGAUUAUUGCCAAGCGGAUUAUCUUGACCGGUCAUCCGUACAAAGUUCAUAAGAAAACGGCGACCAUUAGAUAUAUGUUCUUCAAUCGUGAAGAUAUCGAAUAUUUCAAGCCGAUCGAGCUGAAGACGAAGAAAGGAAAGGUAGGACACAUCAAGGAGCCGCUAGGAACCCACGGGUAUUUCAAAGCGAAGUUUGAUGGGAUGAUCGACCAGAUGGACACGAUCUGCUUAUCACUCUACAAACGAUGCUUCCCGAAAUGGUCGACUACUAAAUUGAUCAACUUGGACCACCACCUUUCUGCCGUUUUCUUUAAUUCUAACCAUAUCAAUCAUUGCUCUACUGGUCAUCCCUCUCUCACUUCCGGUACAAUGGAAAUUGAUAGCUAA